GGGAGAAAGUCGGACUCUGCCAGGCUCUGCUGAGUGGGCCACAUCCUGGUGUUCCGGACACACAUGCUCUCUUGAGAGUCCCUAUGCUGAGGCUGUACUUUCUUAUCAGUUUGUUGUGCUUGGUGAAAUCAGACACGGAUGAAACAUGCCCGUCCUUCACCAGACUGAGCUUCCACAGUGCGGUGAUUGGCACAGAACUAAACGUGAGGCUGAUGCUCUACACACAGAGAAACCAGCCCUGUGCGCAGCUCAUCAACUCCACGGCUCUGGGGAGCUUAAACGUGACCAAAAAAACCACCUUCAUUAUCCAUGGCUUCCGGCCAACAGGCUCCCCUCCUGUUUGGAUGAAGGAGUUGGUCUUGAGUUUGCUCCAUGUAGAAGAGAUGAACGUGGUAGUUGUUGACUGGAACCGAGGAGCGACAACCGUGAUAUACACCCACGCCUCUGACAAGACCAGAAGAGUAGCUCUUAUUUUGAAGGAAUUUAUCGACCAAAUGCUGGCCAACGGAGCAUCUCUGGACAACAUUUACAUGAUCGGAGUGAGUCUAGGAGCGCACAUAUCUGGAUUUGUGGGAAAAAUGUACGCUGGGAAGCUGGGAAGAAUCACAGGUCUGGACCCUGCGGGCCCUUUGUACAACGGGAAACCUCCUGAGGACAGAUUAGAUCCCAGCGACGCACAGUUUGUGGACGUCAUCCACUCCGACACUGACGCGCUGGGUUACAAGGAGCCACUAGGAAACAUAGACUUCUACCCCAAUGGAGGACUGGAUCAACCGGGUUGCCCAAAGACAAUAUUUGGAGGCAUGAAGUACUUCAAGUGUGACCACCAGAUGUCUGUGUUCCUGUACAUCGCAUCCCUGCAAAAUAACUGUUCCAUCAGCGCCUACCCCUGUGACUCCUAUCGGGAUUACAGGAACGGCAAGUGUGUCAACUGUGGCAUUGGGCAAAUGGUGUCCUGUCCCCUCCUGGGCUACUAUGCUGACAGUUGGAAAGACCACUUGCUGGACAAAGACCCUCCGAUGAUGAAGGCAUUUUUUGACACGGCUGAGGAAAAACCGUUCUGCAUGUAUCAUUAUUUCGUGGACAUUGUAUCUUGGAACAAGAACGUAAGAAGAGGGUUCAUUACAAUCAAACUGAGAGGCGAAGAUGGAAAUAUCACAGAAUCCAAGAUUGAUCAUGAACCAUCGACCUUUCAGAAGUACCAUCAAGUGAGUCUGCUUGCAAGAUUUAAUCAAGAUCUGGAGAAAGUGGCAGAAAUGUCCUUGCUGUUCUCCACAGGGUCUGUGGUAGGUCCAAAGUACAAGCUCAGGAUCCUGCGAGUGAAGCUGAGGUCGCUGGUGCAUCCAGACAGGCCUCACUUGUGUCGGUAUGAUCUUGUCCUUCUGGAAAAUGUUGAGACGUUCUUCCAACCUAUUCUGUGCUCUAAGUAGCAGGAGUAACUCCUGCAGGACACGCAGGCAGUGGUGACGUCAGGAUCUCUACCGCUAAGGCUCUUGCUGCCUUACCUUACUUCGUCCUGAAGACUUCAAAAGCACGGGGGGGG